CGCUGAAGGUUGGACUCCACCUCCAGGCAGAAUGAAACUCAGCCUGGCAGCCCUGCUCCUCCUGCUGGCCAGCUGCCUCACUCCAGGCCACGGAAUCCUGGAGGCCAAUUACACAAACCUAAAGUGUAAAUGUUCCAAAACGAUCUCAAAGCCUAUCCAUCCAAACAUCAUAGAGCGGAUUCAAGUCACACCUCCUGGGAAUGGCUGCCCAAAGUCUGAAGCCCUGAUCUGGACUAGGACUAAAAAAAUUCUAUGUGUGAAUCCUCACGAUAGAUGGUUCCAGAUGGUACUCAAAUUUUUACGGAGAAAAGCUGUGUCUUCAACUCCCCCAGCUCCAGUGAGUAAGAAAAGGACCACCUGAAGGCCCUGUACCCCAAGGAACACCUGCACCCUCCUUUAUCCCCGCUCUGAAUUUUAGUUGUGCUCUUAGUUGAAGAAUUUCCAAGAAAAUAAAUUCCUUUUACAAACAAGCAUGACUGUGUGUAAAGACAACCCUGCAGGAUUAUCCCCAACCUACAUUCUUGUUUCUUAAUGAGGGUUAUUUGAGGAUGGGUGCUUAGUAACACCCAUGUGUUUGUUAAUAGGCCUGUUGUUUAAUGUCAAAAUGUCCUAGGUUGUAGAGUAAUCUGAACCUGUAGCUUGUAUUAACAAGAAAUGUAUGGGGUACACUUCCCUCGCUUCACCCCCUUAAGGAAGGCGGUUUUCCCAAAUGGUCUUCAUAGUUUGCUGGGCAGCCAGACACGAGGCAAAGUAGGUCUCCAUUAGUGAAGCCUCAGGAAGAAAAUAGAGCCCUCUUACUUUUAAAGGUUUCUGGUACACAAUUUAUUGUAUCAGAUUAAACCCCGUAACAUUGAAAGA